GACUUGAAGGAUGUCGAAUACGGGAAGAGGAGCUACGUUUCUGCCUUCGAAUUCAUGGACGCAUUUUGUUGCGGGAGGACUAGGCGGAAUGUGCGGAGCCAUCAUCACUAGCCCAUUCGACGUCGUCAAAACCCGCCUCCAAUCCUCCCUCUUCAAAAUAAACACAUCCCCCGCACUCCUCUCCUCCGCCUCCUCUUCCGCCUCCUCCUCCGCCGCAUCCGUAUCCCUCCCCCUCGCAGGCCUCCCACACCACCACCCGGGAGGCACCAACCUCCUCUACCACUUCGUCGAAACAGGACACAUCAUCAAAGACAUCUACAACCACGAAUCGCCCCGAGCCCUCUUCAAAGGCCUCGGUCCAACCCUCAUCGGCGUCAUCCCCGCGCGGUCUAUCAAUUUUUGGACGUAUGGGAAUGGGAAACAUGUCUUUGCGUCGCAGUUGAAUAAUGGCAAGGAGAAUGCGUGGGUGCAUUUGAUGAGUGCGGCUGUGGCGGGUGUUGUUACUGGGACGGCUACCAAUCCUAUAUGGGUCGUCAAAACCCGGUUACAGCUUGACGCCGGACAAGGACAGCAGAAGAAGGUCUUUGGGAGCAGUUGGAGUUGUAUAAGACGGAUAAUGAGAGAAGAAGGUGUCAGGGGUUUUUAUAAAGGGCUUAGCGCGAGUUAUUUGGGGGUGACGGAGACGACGAUUCAGUGGGUGCUUUAUGAGCAGUUGAAGAGGGCUGCGGCUGUUGAGAAGAAGGGGGGGUAUCAGGAGUGGUUUGGGAUGCUUGGGAGCGCAGGGACGGCCAAGUUUGUGGCUAGUCUGAUUACGUAUCCUCAUGAGGUCCUCCGCACCCGCCUCCGUCAACCAACAAUCAACAACGUCCGUAAAUACACGGGGCUUCUACAAACCCUCAAACUCGUCCUCGCCGAAGAAGGCGUCCGCUCGCUUUAUGGAGGGUUGAGCGCACAUAUGAUGCGCGUCGUGCCGAAUGCGGCGGUUAUGUAUUCGAUAUAUGAGGGGAUUUUGAAGUGGGGUGAGGCGUAGCGCGUAGGCUCCAACCAUCUCCCGCAUCAUCGCUAGACCUCCGCGUCAUAGACUCUCCCUCUCCCCCUCUCCGCAUAGACCUGCCCUGCCCGCUAUGUGCCAUAGAAGACCUCCGUCCGUCGCUUGCUCUCGCCCUCGCUCGCUCAUCUACAGGCUUAACAUACCCCGCUCCCCCCAACUCCUACGUCAUCAAAAAAGUAUCUCUUGCACCGUCCGUGUCUUUGUCUGGCUUCGGGGCUGAAACACACUGACACCAAGGUUUCUUCCACUGCCCCCACCCACGCCCCACCCACGUAUCCUUCUGUAUUUAUACACCCAUCCCCUACCUAGCUUGUACAUACAUAUGUUAGUUGUUUAAUACCUGUUAAUAAUUUUUUAUUAAUU